AUGAAUUUCGCUUUAACACCUAAGCGAAUACCGUAUGAGAAUGUAAUCAGCAGUGUUGAAGAAACGAUAGCACGUAAUAAAAUACCGGACAGUGAUGCGGACACUCUCAGACAGGACGUCGCGGUAAUAUUACGGAAAUCGAAACCGCCUGCUACCAACAUUACUACAGAAGAGCGUCAAGCACUGAAAAGUGUUCGGGACAACCAGGACAUCUUAGUGCUUAAGGCUGACAAAGGAAACGCCACUGUAGUGAUAAAUACGACUGAUUACCAACAAAAAAUACGGGAACUAUUGUGUGAUAAAAAGGUAUAUAAACCGGUCUCAUACAAUCCCACGGCCAGGGUCACACGCAAAAUACGCACUUUGAUACAGGAAAACCAGGACCUGUUUACAGAAGACGAGUACGAAAGACUUUAUAGACCUAAAGCACACCAACCACCUAGGUUAUAUGGCUUGCCUAAAAUACAUAAGUCCGGCGUGCCGCUGCGGCCUAUCGUAAGUCAAAUCGCCUCUCCUACUUACGACCUUGCAAAGCACGUCGCAUCAGUAUUGCAGCCAUUUGUGGGUAAAUCACCGUCUUAUGUUAAGGAUUCACGCCACUUCGUUCAAAUAAUCAAGGAGAUUACAUUGGAACCGAAUGAAAUAAUGGUGAGCUUUGAUGUGGAGUCCCUUUUCACCAAUGUUCCAAUAGAUGAGUGUCUGGACGUAGUGAGAGAGAAACUUAGGGAUAGCGAAAUGCCGUUAAAUUAUAUUGAUCUACUAAAGCACUGCCUAGAGGGCAACUAUUUUCUUUUCCAAGGUCAGUACUACCUCCAGAUCGAUGGUGUCGCAAUGGGUAGUCCAGUAGCCCCGGUACUUGCCAACCUCUGGAUGGAACAUUUUGAAGAGAAAGCUCUCAGCCUUGGACCGAAGAUCAUCAGACUGUGGAAAAGAUACGUAGAUGAUAUUUUUAGCAUCGUCAAGGGUAGUAGAAUAGAGGUGGAUCAAUAUAUACAACAUUUAAACUCCAUUCAUCCUAAGAUGAUAUUUACAUAUGAAAUGGAGGCGGAAAGAUCGCUACCUUUCCUAGAUGUACGAAUAAAAGUGAAACCUAAUGGGUCCUUAUCGCACUGUGUAUACCGCAAACCGACACACACCGAUAGGUACCUACACGCAUCGUCACACCACCAUCCUCGUCACUUACAGUCCGUUGUAACCUCGUUAAAGAACAGAGCUCAGGAUCUCUGUGACCCUGAACAUUUGGAGCAGGAGCUGGACCAUGUUCAGGAGGUACUUGCGAACAACGGAUAUCAAGUGAACAGACAAACCAGGCAACCGACAAAAAGACGCAAACAUCCGGAAGUUAAACGACAACCGGCCUACAUGCCCUAUGUGAGAGGAGUGACAGACAAGAUCGGCGGUCUAUUGAAGAAAUAUUCAAUACCCACUAUCUUUACGCCGGGGGCAAAGGUUAGCAACAUAGUGGGCACACCGAAGGAUGUUUUGCCGUUACAAACACCAGGUGUCUAUAGGAUAAACUGCAGCUGCGGCAGUUCUUACAUAGGCCAGACUAAGCGGACGAUAGCUGAAAGGGUCAAAGAACAUAUCGCCGCUGUAAAAAACCGACAAACGAAUAAAUCAGCGAUAGCCGAACAUAUAUUACAACCGGGCAUUAAUCACUGGAUCGAAUUCCAUCGCACGGAAAUCCUCUCCACAGAUCGCCACUUUUACUCAAGACUAGUGCGAGAAGCAAUUGAAAUUAAAAAACACAAAACAUUCAAUCGCGAAGACGGUUUCAAACUAUCCCCGACAUGGAACCCAGUGAUUAAAAUUACACAACCUCGUUUUAGUUCGCAGUCGGUUAAAUAUCAGAAUAGGCACCUUCCGGUUGACUUACAGAAUAGGGACAUAAUAAGUGUUGUGUGUCGCGGUACAAAUGACAAUAAUCACGAGUUGAGGGUGGAUGAAGAAACAUCUACCCUGACAGCGGAGUCGUGA